UCUAAUCUCUGUGGGAUCAAAACCUAAGGUCGUCAGGGCAACAUUUACGGAAACACACAGGCUUUGAGGGCAAUGACUGAUACCAAAUACCAGGAGGCUAAGGAGAAGGCCAAAGAGGAUGCCUGCGCUUGUGGAGCAGCCGGGUUAUGAGCGGGCGAAGUUGUGUGCACUGACGGAGCGAGUUCCUUGUCGAGAAGCACAAGCCAGUACAUUGUUGGCUUUGCUGGGUGAGCCAGAACACUAUAGCUAUCCAUCAAUCUUCAUCUAUGGACACCGUGCAUCUGGCAAGAGUCACGUGACAGAAGCCAUAUUACAAGAACUUGAGCUCCCCCAUGCCAUAGUGAGCUGUGUGGAGUGUGUGUCUGCGGGGCUCCUGUUUGAGCAGACCCUGCUGGCCUUCUUCGGCACCGAGGCCCCCUCCCUCCUGCCCCGCUCACCCUCUCUCUCCGACUUUGUGCGUGUCUACAAGCAGCUCUGCACCCAGACCCCGUCCUCUCAGACCCGAUAUAUAGUACUGGACCGGGCCGAACUCCUCAGGGAUAUGGAGGUGAACCUCCUACCAGGCCUCUUACGUUUACAAGAACUGGUUGAUGACAAUGUGACGGUAAUCCUGCUCAGUGAGAUUGUCUGGGACAAGUUCCGGCCGAACACUGGCUGCUUCGAGCCGCUAUUGCUGCACUUCCCUGAUUACAGAAAAGUGGAGCUCCAGCAGAUCCUGGUGCAGGAUUAUCACCCGGACUACUCUGCAGAAUUGUACGGGUCCUACAUCAGCAUUCUGCUGGGGGUGUUCUACUCCGUCUGCCGGGACCUGAGAGAACUCCGACACCUGGCAGCCCUCAACCUUUCUAAGUUCUGUGAGCCGUUGGACAGAGAAGAAGUGAAAGAAAGUGAUACGCACAAACUCUGGAGGAACAUUGAGCCUCACUUGAAGAAAGCUAUGCAGACUGUAUAUCUGAGAGAGGUGUCCAGUGUUCAGUGGGAGCAGCAGCAGCAGAUGGAGGAUAAGGAAGCUGGAGCUCUGAAAGGUUUGUCGGCCUACGCCCACGUGGAGCUGCCCUAUUACUCCAAAUUCCUGCUGAUUGCCGCCUACCUGGCCUCCUACAACCCUGCCCGCACAGACCGGCGAUUCUUCCUCAAGCAUCAUGGAAAAAUAAAGAAGACCAAUUUUCUGAAAAAGCACGAGAAGACCAGUAAUCACUUGCUGGGGCCCAAGCCUUUCCCAUUGGACCGUCUCCUGGCCAUCUUCUACAGCGUAGUAGACAGCAGAGUGGCUCCAACGGCCAGCAUCUUCUCCCAGAUCUCCUCCUUGGUGACCCUGCAGCUUCUCACCCAAGUGGGGCAUGACGAUCAGCUAGAUGCUCCCAAGUACAAGUGUGCCGUCUCACUGGACUUCAUUCAAGCCAUCUCCAGGACUGUGAGCUUUGAUAUUGUAAGGUACCUGUAUGACUUCCUGUGAGGUCCCCACCCAUGGAUGGACGUGCAGGCAGCUGAUUGGAUUCCACUUUGGAAAAAGCAUGAUUGACAGGCCUACUGAAAAAUGGUUGGAACUUGGUGUUACAUUCUAUCAUGGAAUUGAGAUUACUGAAGAAAUCAGGUAGAUUGAGCACAUGCGUUACGGCUACACAACUUGCUGGAACACAUUUGUUUGUCUGUUUACUUGUUUGUUUCUGUGUAAUAUAACUUGGUAAUAAAUAUUUGUAUGAAA